UUAGAGCCAUUCAGUCUCCUCGCUCACACUGGAUUAGUAGGAGCAGAGUGUCAUGUUAUUUUUCCAAUUUUCCACAGUUCACGGGAGGUAAAAGAAGUCUGGCUGGAGGCCCUCCGAGGACAAAGCCAAGGCCACCCAGGAGCAAAAUUCAUCACCGGACCGUCAGCCCGAACUCCAAUGAAGCUGACAAGCAGCUGUCAUGCCUCAAAAACACUAAAUGCCUGUGAUAUGGAGACAUUAAUUGAAUGUCAAUCAGAGGGUAAUAUCAAGGAACAUCCUCUGUUGGUAUCAUGUGAGAGUGAAGAUAAUAUUUGCCAGCUAAUUGAAAUCAAGAAGAGAAAGAAGGUGUCUAACUGGCUCUUUCUCAUGAGAAGGCUUUCUUCUUCAUCAGAUGUUUCUGCAGCUUCGGAGCCAGAAUUGAAGACAUCCCUUUUCGAUCAGCCCUUGUCAGCCAUCUGCAGUGACAACACGCUCCCGGGACCCAUUCAGGAUAUUCUCACUAUUCUAUGCCUGAAAGGCCCUUCCACUGAAGGAAUAUUCAGGAAAGCAGCCAAUGAGAAAGCCCGAAAAGAGCUGAAGGAGGAGCUCAGCUCCGGAAAUGUGGUGGACCUGAGAAGCCUCCCUGUGCACCUCCUGGCAGUGGUCCUCAAGGACUUCCUCAGAAGUAUUCCGCUGAAGCUCCUGUCCUGUGACCUGUUUGAGGAGUGGAUGGGCGCCCUGGCCAAGCAGAGCGAGGAGGACCGGAUAGAGGCCCUGAAACAGGUUGCAGAUAAGCUCCCGCGGCCCAACCACCUGCUGCUCAAGCACCUGGUCUCCGUGCUGCACGUGAUCAGCAAGAACUCCGAGGUCAACCGGAUGGACGCCAGCAAUCUCGCCAUCUGCAUUGGGCCCAACGUGCUGAGCCCGGAAAACGAGCACAGUCUAUCGCUGGAAGCCCGGAGAGACCUGAACGAUAAGGUUAAGACACUGGUGGAAUUCCUCAUCGAUAACUGCUUUGAAAUAUUUGGGGAAGACUUUCCAGCACAUUCCAGAAUUGCUUCUGAUGACUCCCUGGAACACACGGACAGUUCAGACAUGUCGACCCUGCAGAACGACUCAGCCUACGACAGCAACGACCCUGACCACGACGUGGAGCCUGCGGGCUCCCCGAUCGCGCAGCCCCCAGGGCCCCCGGAAGUGGCUGCUGGCGGCGUGGAACCCAGAGCCCCGCUGCGCCCUUGGGAGACCGUGGUCAGCACCACGGCCAGACUGAAGGGCUUCCUCGGGCAACCUGAGCGGAGGUACUCGGACCCCAGCGCUGCAUCCUCCCCGGAGUGCCUCGAGGGCAGAAGAGCAAACCCGAAACUCACGCGAAGCCAGGACGACUUCACCGCCGUGGCCCAGGCAGCCUCCCGCUUUGCCGGCGAGGAAGCCGAGGACCCGUUUCCCGAGGAGGUGUUUCCUGCAGCCGAAGGCCGGGCCCAGAGGCCCCGGGACCUGGGGGAGCAGAGCCCGACUCAGGGCUCGGUGUCACCGUGUGCACGGGUCCCCAAAGCCGCCUCCAGUGGCUCCCUGGACGCUUUCUCCGACAGCUCGCCCCUGGCCUCUCCUUCCAGCCCCCAAAGAAACUUCUUCACCAGACACCAGUCUUUCACCAAGGCUGAGAAAAGCAAGCCCAACAGAGAAAUUAAAAAACACUCCAUGUCAUUCUCCUUCGCCUCUCACCAAAGAGUGCUGACCAAAACGCGCAGCUUUGGAGCCGCGAAGUCCAAGGGCUGCCCCCAAGACCAGGAGAAGCGAGGUUCCAGGAAAGAAAGCCAGCUCGCCGGCCGGAUCGUCCAGGAAAGCCUGUCGGACGCCCUCGGCCAAGCCGCGCUGGGCUUUAACUCGGGAGCCCACACCCUCUCGGUGGAGGAUGUGUUCCGGCUGGUGGAUCAGAGGCACCCCGGCCGCCCCCCCUCUUACGAGGAGGCCGUGCGGCUCCAGGCGCUGGAGCUCGCCUCCCGCGGGGGCCAGACGGUGGGCAGCCUGAGGGCCCGCGUGCUGAGCCUGGACGCGGGGCUGCUGCCUCCCCUCCCUGCCCACCCCCACGGGGACUCGAGAAACAUCCGCGGGCCGGAGCCCCUGGACGGGCUCCGACGGGGGUCAGGGACGGAGACCUGGAGGCAGAGCCUGCCCGACUGCGCUCCUAGGGACGCGGCAGGACAGGUGACGGUCCCCAGGACAUCCGAGCUGCAGCGGCUGAGAACCGCGUCCGAGUCGCAGCAGAAGGGCAGGCAGGCCGUCCUGGCCCGGCGGUGUAGCCAGCCCGUGUUUGACGCCGAGCAGCUCCGGUUCGCUAAGGAAUCCUACAUCUAGCGGGGGGCCCCUCUGUACACAACGGGAACUGCCUUUAGACUUGUUUUCCGAAAAGUCGUGAAUAAGCUCCUCUGGCAGGUUGUGUCUGAGACCUCCUCCGGGAGGACAGCCACACAACUGCACACCAGCAGUCUGUGCGCCUGAUUUGUACAAUGUGUAGCACAUGUAUAAAACGCAUUCUAGACAAGGCAUUGGGUACACGUACGCAGAUGCGUGUGUAUAUAUUUGUUUGUGAACUUGCGCCAAACUGCAUUGCUGUUCUUGGCCUCCUGGAGGUUUUGUUUUUUUUUUUUAAGUGGUUAGUGUCUAAAAAUAAUGUUUUCUGUUUUUGGCAUUGCCUCAAACGGCACGCCAAGUUUCUUAUUUUCCACAAACUCCAUUUAGGAGAACACGUCUAAGUCUCUGUUAGGAGUUUCCUCUAAUAAGCCGCUUUGUGCUAACUAAUCACCUCAGUAGGAUGGAAGGAACAGACUGUAAGGAAUAGAGUUCAGUGUUUGGAGUUAUCAAAGGGCAUUAUAAACUCCAGUAAAAGAAAAAAAAAAAGGUUGUUGUUAACAAUGCAUGAAAAAUACUUCAAUGUGUCCUUUAACUGUCUAAUUUGAAAUUUGGGUAAGUUAGUGAAAAUGCAUUAUAUUAUGCAUCAUUAACUGAUGUCAAGCACUUUGAGUUUCUUUGUAGUUCAAUGGUGUCUUCUCCGAUAGUAUGGAGGAAAUUACUUCAUACGCAUUGGGGCGGUCGUAUGUAAAACUUCAAUAUUAUCUCACUACAAUAAAUUGCCUUCCUUAUUUCAAAGUAAA